UAGGUUAGUGGUCCGACAGGCAUGACGGUGAAGAGAAACUGGGUCACCGAUUGAAAAUCGUUUAUGUCAUACUUAUGUGUGUUGCUAUUACAUAUUAGCAGCGGCGUUCAACUGAUGGAUUAAUCUCCCUGGAUCUUUUAUGUAGACAGGCUGCCCCAGCUGCUGAAGGAUCCGAUCGCAUCAGCGCAGGCCACUUCAACGUGGACAGAACAAGGCCAGGCUGCAUCAGACCAGACUGAGAGCGGACUGAGACCGGACUGAUUCAGACGAUACCAGGCCCGUCCGGGAGGCCUGUUCCAGUUUCCUGUCCAGUUGAGGGCCCGAGCGUGGAUGGAAGGAGAUGAUUUUAGCACACAGGCUGUGAUGAACAUCUGUGAUGACCUGAUGGCAGACCAAAGGAUGGACAUCUCGUCUACAAUGACCGACUUCAUGUCCCCCGGCUCCACUGACCUCAUCUCCAGUUCCAUCAGCACGCCUGGCAUGGACUACACCCGCAAGAGGAAAGGCAGCACCACCGACUACCAAAUUGAUGGCUUCUCAUUUGACGACAUGGACCCAGAUAAAGAUAAGCUGGGAAGUGACCAGCAGGGCAGGAUUAAGAAUGCCAGAGAGGCUCACAGCCAGAUCGAGAAACGUCGCAGGGACAAGAUGAACAGCUUCAUCGACGAGCUGGCGUCACUGGUGCCCACCUGUAAUGCUAUGUCCCGCAAGCUGGAUAAACUGACAGUCCUGCGCAUGGCUGUCCAACACAUGAAGACACUCAGAGGUGCAGCCAACCCGUACACAGAGGCAAACUACAAGCCUUCCUUCCUUUCAGACGAUGAACUGAAGCACUUGAUACUAAGGGCUGCUGAUGGCUUCCUGUUUGUGGUCGGAUGCGAUCGUGGCAAGAUCCUCUUUGUUUCUGAAUCCGUGUACAAGAUUCUCAACUACAGCCAGAAUGACCUAAUAGGUCAGAGCCUGUUUGACUAUCUUCAUCCCAAGGACAUCGCCAAGGUCAAAGAGCAGCUGUCCUCCUCCGAUACGGCCCCACGAGAGAGGCUCAUCGAUGCUAAAACUGGCCUUCCUGUGAAGACAGACAUCACCCCCGGCCCGUCUAGACUCUGUUCUGGAGCUAGGCGGUCAUUUUUCUGCAGGAUGAAGUGCAACAGGCCGUCUGUCAAAGUAGAGGAUAAAGACUUUCCCUCUACCUGCUCUAAGAAAAAAGCGGACCGUAAGAGCUUCUGCACCAUCCACAGCACGGGCUACCUGAAGAGCUGGCCGCCUACCAAGAUGGGUCUCGAUGAAGACAACGAGCCCGACAACGAGGGCUGCAACCUAAGCUGCCUGGUGGCCAUCGGCCGCCUGCACCCCCACAUCGUCCCCCAGCCCAGCCUGGCAGACAUCAGGGUGAAGCCCACCGAGUACGUCUCCCGGCACGCCAUCGACGGCAAGUUCGUCUUCGUUGACCAGAGAGCCACAGCUAUCCUAGCCUACCUGCCACAGGAGCUGCUGGGAACCUCCUUCUAUGAGUAUUUCCACCAGGACGACAUCGGCCACCUGGCAGAGUGUCAUAGACAAGUGCUGCAGAUGAGGGAGAAGAUCAACACCAACUGUUACAAAUUCAAGAUCAAAGACGGCUCCUUCAUCACGUUAAGGAGCAGAUGGUUCAGCUUUAUGAACCCCUGGACCAAGGAGGUGGAGUACAUCGUCUCUACCAACACAGUUGUGUCGUGUCCUAUGAUGGAGGGCUCAGAUUACCCUCAGUCUGCUGCCUCUCCACAGAGUAUGGACAGUGUUCUGACCUCAGAAGGUGGGGGGAGGCGGGCGCUGCAGACGGUGCCCGGCAUCCCCGGUGGCACAAGAGCAGGAGCUGGGAAGAUUGGACGCAUGAUUGCUGAGGAAGUGAUGGAGAUCCAGAGGAUUCGAGGCUCCUCCCCCUCCAGCUGUGGCUCCAGCCCUCUGAAUAUUACCAGCACACCUCCACCUGACACCUGCUCCCCAGGGGGCAAGAAGAUUCAGAACGGAGGGACGCCCGACCUGCCGAGCACAGGCAUUCUUCCUGGACCUGAUUCUGUAGGCUACCCCUACUCCAACCAGUCCAUCAUGAGUGACAACUCCCACCUGAGCAUAGACAUCAUGGAUGAGCCCGGUUCCAGCAGCCCCAGCAACGACGAGGCGGCCAUGGCGGUCAUCAUGUCCUUGCUGGAGGCGGACGCCGGCCUCGGCGGGCCCGUCGACUUCAGCGACCUGCCCUGGCCUUUGUGAGGAAGCUGGAAAGGAAGAGCCGGAGCUGCUGGCGUCAGGUGGACGUCUGGCUGCCACGUUUCUCGCCCUCUGUGCACGACUGCCACAAAAAUGUCCAUCUUAACAGGAAAAAGCUCUGUAGAUACGGAAGAAGAGAUCCUCUCUCUUUCGCUGUCCGUCAAACUGAAUGGCUGUUUAGGUUUCACUCCCACUUUUUGAUGCAUCAUUCCCUGCAGGUGGAGCUGAGAUCCCGUUAAGAUGAUCAUUUUUCCGGUGCUGGUUUCCUAACAUUGCCACGGUGAGAAACCGUUUCUCUAACAGCAGCAGUGCUGUCACGUCGACGCUCCUUCACUCACUGCUCUCUGAUUAGCGGUGCUUCCGGGUCCCCGACAACGGCC